AUGAAUCAGAUUCGCCUCAAUAGUCACGAUUUGGCGCCUGUAUUAUAUUUCCUCAUUCAUGUGGACGAGCUUUCAGUUUCAGCUGCUGUUCUGAAUAAGCCUAAUGUGUCACCGUCCCUCCUCAUGGAGAAUCUCGGCAAGAAGCACAAGGUUCCGGAAAAGGCACAUCAUCUGCGCUCUAUCUUUAUCCACUUGCUUCGGGACCUUGCAGCCUCAGAUUUUCUUUUUCUUCUUGUGCGGUUGUUGCCUUACAAACUGGGAGCAUACACGGAGGGCAACAUGGAGCUCGAGACAGUUAGCCUGGUACUUAGAAAAGUAGUGGCGCUAAAAUCAUGGAUCAAGUUUACGGUUUUUUCUGAACGUGCUGGCGAUGACUGUCUUGAAAAGUUGCUGUACUCCGAAACUCCGUGUGAAACUUGGACGACCCUGCAAAGAGUCUAUCGGAGCUUAAAACAGGAAGAAAGAGUAGUUCAACGCUUGGAAGUUGAGUAUAUCGAACCAGAUGCUGCGCUGGUGUGUGGUAAAGUGUUCAACCGCACUUAUAUCAGGAGCUUCUACAAUGACGCUAAAGACAAAUUUGAUGAGCAUUUGGCAGCAAUCAACAAAGUGUAUCGCAUGCCGGGCGUUGAAGAAGUUGGCAAGAUCCUAUUGGAAGGGGGAAGGGCCCCAUCUGGAGAAGACCUACAAAACCCGCAUUUCUCGUUCACGCAACUGUUUCCUAUGGAUUUGAAGGAUCAAAUAUCUCCAAUCAAAAGACGAGAUUCUGUUGAAGAAAUUGAGAGGAUUGAUGUCCUCGAUGCUAUUCAAAAGAUUACCGUGCAUCUCGUGUGGAUGAUAUGGUUUGCCAUUGCAACUCCGUAUCGUUUUCCUGAGCUUAAUAUUCUGGCGUUUGCGGGAAAAAGGAGGAACGUGUUUGUUGACCCUCAAAAGCGUUGUCUGCAGCUGUACACAUCAUACUGCAAAAAACCAAAAGGUGAUAAGCUUGGUAAAGUGGUUGGAUAGGAAGACAUCGCGGUAUCUGUUGUAUUUUAUCAUGGUGCUGAGGCCGUUACAGAAGUACCUCCUGGGUACGGAUUAUGACAGAAUGGAACCGCCACGGAGCGACACCAAAGUUGACCUGGAAAGUGAGUGGUGCUACAUAGAGGGUAGCGGCAAGAUGGAUAGGAAAGUGCUCUCUCAGAUGGUUCUUUCCCAAUACCUGUUUCUGGACGUGGAGGCCGGCAGAAUGAUUAGUCGCGACCGGUUUUCCUACUGGGUCAGCCAAUUCCCCAAGACGUUUUACGACAGGCUUAGUUUUAGGGAAUUACGGCAGGGAAUGAUUGGGUUGGUGCGUAAAUAUGUGGAUGACGGCCAAGCAAUGAAAGGAGCGUUGUGGGAGGCCGUCCGCGAGCUUUCUGCCGGCCAUUCAAUGCAAACGGGACUGCAGGUAUAUGGAGUGGAUAAGUUUUCCUUUGAAGGAGUUUCUGCGUCCACGGCUCAUGGCAUGCAGCGAGUGUUAAGCGAGCAAUACAUCAAAUGGGCCGAUUUAGCCGAAGAGGGCAGCGGUGGAGCUGAAGCGGCGCAGCUCGUAGAAAAGAGGCCAUUUGUCCCGCAGUUUCGUAGGAUCACAGACCUCAGCCUCGCCGGUCAGGAGCUCUACGGAGAAGCGUUCCAAUUCAGGAGUGCUGAGCAGCUGGAGGCUGCUUCUUCCGUAUACCUUUCCGAUGAACGUGUGCUCGCGAUCCAGGCCCCCACUGGAUAUGGCAAGACUCUUCUCUUUGAGCUGCCUCUAGUGUGUUUCUCCGUGAAAAAAGUGGCUGUGGUCUCAUUUGUGUUUGUGCCGUACAUCGCACUGCUUGCUGGCACGGCUUCGAGGCUAAAGAAGAAGCUGCAUGUGGGUAAUGUGGCAUCGCUAUUGAUGGAGCGUCCGUACGGUGAGCACACCUUUGCCGAUGUGUAUGUGGGCACAUUUGAUGAUCUGUGCAAAUCCGAAUUCAAGGAUUUGGUGAACCACUGGGAGCAACGCAUACGCAGUGCGUCUCUGGGCCUCCUUGUAGUGGACGAGUUCCACAACCUGAGCGAUGAGAUGAGUUUCCGUGGAAAGCAAUUUGCUCGAUUGAAAGAGGUUGACUACCAACAGUUUUGGAAGGUGGUGUUGCUGACAGCGACUGGGGCCAAUGGGUCUGCUGCGUCGUCUGUCAAAAUUCUUGGGCUAAACAAGACACUCAGGGAGAAGGAUGCGUUAGAGAAGGAGCACAACGACUCAAUUCGGCUUUCGAACUACAUCAAACAGCCACCGUUGGGUCAUGUGUUCAAGCACCGUGAAACCCUCCAGGACGAUGGCGUGAGCCAGGUGCUGAUCUAUUUGCGAAGGAUGUUCAAAUUCGACCCCAAUGCCAAAGCAGCAGUGGUUCUAGGGCAGCGAGAUGCGGUGGAACCCUUAUUCUGUAGUGUGAAUGAGGAGUUCCGAACGACGUACCUGCAUAGGGAAGCUCACGACGGAGCAGAAGGUGCAGCGGACGAACUUGUUCAUCGAGGAUAACAGGUCACAGGUUCUGAUAGGCACGAAGCUGGUAUCACAGGGCCUGGAUGUGAGUGCUUUGAAGAUGGUGAUCAUCUUUGACUACGGACCAAAUAUAUCAGAGUACAUCCAGUGCGUGGGAAGGAUACGGACUGGCGGAGUUGCGGUUCACCUGCACGGUCGGAAGCGCAGUGGCUGUAUUACGCAAGAGAUGUGUGAUUAUUAUAAGUUGAAGUACGAAGGACACCAGGGCUGUUGUGCGGAUUUCUCGAGUGUGUCGAAAGAGACUCACGAGUUGUUUAGGCACGUAGUGCUUGGGCGGGACGAGUCGGAGGAAGUAGUGCUUGGGCGGGACGAGUCGGAGGAAGUAUUGCUAGGGCGGGACGAUUUGGAGAAGACAUUGGUGGGGCGGGACGAUUUGGAGAAGACAUUGGUGGGGCGGGGCGAUUUGGAAAAGACAUUGGUGGGGCAGGACGACCAAGGCCCUGUGUCUCCCAAGAGAACAUAUGCGGCCUCGACCCCCGAGCAUGCUCAUUCCAAGAGACAGAGUACCCAGAGUGGUGGACCGCAGGCUGAGUACAGUGAGCCUGCUUUCCAGGGUUCUUUGUUGAUGACGGCUGGUAUUUUGUCUGACAAUGUACCAGCAGCCCCAGGCCGCACUCUGUUCGGUGCCUCUGCGUCUAGCAAGAGAACGGCACUGUUCGCACAGAGUAACAAUGGUGGCAGCUGCCGAAUAAAAAGCUUGGUCAGUACCAGGAAUAAAGAGCCCCGGUCAAUGGCUGCGGAGAUAGAAAGGCUGUACCGCGGGCACCGGGACAUACUUCGAUAUAUGAAAGUGGAGGGCGAUAACCGGAUAGACCUGUUGAUGUACGGUCUGGACGACAGCUACUUUAACACGCUCGAUCUCUCCGCUCACAAGGGUCGGUGUUGGUGGUGUCUUGAAACGCAGGAGCUUUGCUGCUGCUGGUCGACAGGUCCACAGGGUAGUGAGGCGUCGUUGAGAUCUCUGGCCAAGGAAGCAUUGGUGCUGGUGAGGUGUAUGCUCGGCAUGACAGAGUAUGAGACCGAGGUGAGGUACUGCAAGGAUCGGGGGAUCCCAGGCUGGCUGAUCCGGUUUGCAGAUAGUUUGCAGAAGAAGGUGCUGGAAAAGCACGCGACGCUUUAUGCCAGCUAUCAUGGCUUACUGCGAAAGAGGCAGCAGUUGGAGAUGCCUUGUGAUGCACAGACAGCAGCAGCCAUGUACAGAGAGAUGUGGGGUAUGCUUGGUGGAAAAGACCUGAUAGUGUACUUCAGCACCGGAGAGAGAAGAGAAUGUCCGAGAGGAGGCUGCAACUAUGUAUGUUUGGAGACAGAAGUCAAAGACGGAAAGUGUCACUGGUGCGAGGAUACGACGAUCGGCCGGAGGCACUUGCUGGCUCAAAUGUCAAGCAAUGCGGAGAACAGACACAUUUACGACGAGCACCGGGAAGGGAAGUAUGCGAAUGUAUCGUGCUUCCAGUACAAACUGAUGCUGUUCGCGCUGUUCUACAACCGAAACUUUCGGAAAUUUGUUUGGAACACGAUGCCGGGCCUGUCGCAGGUUGACUUUCCGACGUAUUGGUACCGGUUGAUGGCCGUGACAGUGGAGUGUGACGGUGGGGUGUUGCCUCUGUCAGUUGUGGUAGGGGCAAUGUACUACGAAUGUAGUGUUAAGAGACAUGUGGGCUAG